GCUGACUUGGAGCCCGCAGUUYGUGACCUCAUCCGAGAGUACCACGACGUUUUCCCAUCGUCGUUCUCGUACGCCGGCAUCCCACCGAUGCGUGACGUCGAGCACUCCAUUCAGCUCGUGCUUGAAUAUCGUGUUCACCACCAGGCACCCUACAGACUCUCGAUCCCCGAGGCCACCGAACUCAAGCGCCAGCUUGAGGAGCUCCUGAGACUGGGUUUCAUUAAACCUAGCAACUCCCCGUGGGGUGCACCCGUCCUCUUUGCUCGCAAAGCGGAUGGAACUCUUCGUCUCUGCAUGGACUACCGCGGCCUUAACCGCUACACGGUUAAGAACAGCUACCCCAUGCCUCGUUCCGAUGAGCUGUUCGACCGCCUAGCAGGCAACCGCUUCUUUACGAAGAUUGAUCUUCGUAGCGGUUACCAUCAGAUCCGCAUCGCUGCAACCGACCAGCCGAAGACCGCGUUCCGCUCGCGAUUCGGCCACUACGAGUUCACGGUGAUGCCAUUCGGCCUCACCAACGCACCCGCUACCUUCCAGAGGGCGAUGAACGACAUCUUCCGGGACAUCCUGGAACAGUACGUUCUCGUCUACCUUGACGAUAUCCUGGUCUAUAGUCGUACCCUUGAGGAGCACCUCAGACACCUCCGCGACGUCCUUGACCGCUUGCGCARACAUGGCUUCUACGCCAAGCUUAGCAAGUGCCGCUUUGCCCAGCACAAAGUGGAUUUCUUAGGACACUACGUGUCUGACCAGGGUCUGCACAUGGACGACGCGAAGAUCACUGCUAUUGCGGAGUGGCCCGCUCCCACAUCUGCUAAGCAGCUUCGCAGCUUCCUAGGCCUGACAGCUACUAUAGUAACUUCAUCCGGGGAUACGCUAGGUAUUCCUACGUCCUUACCUCCACCCUCCUCCGGAAGAACCCACCCUGGGCUUGGACACCCCUCCACGAGGACGCCUUCCGCGCCCUCAAGAAGGCGGUGACAUGCGCACAGGUUCUUCACCUACCCGAUUUUGACCGCCCUUUUAUCCUUACCACCGACGCGUCAGACUCUGCU